AUGAGUAAGUUGCAAGCAGUUUAGUAAGAGUUGAAGACUAUCAAUCCAAAGAUAUCUACUAAGAUCGUUCAAGCUGACUUUACUGGCAACGCUAAUGUCUAAUUCUACCAGAACAUUUAUGACUAGGUCAAGGAUCUGGACAUUUCGAUUCUAGUAAACAAUGCAGGCGUCAUGCUCAACGGAAGGGUUGAUCUGAUUAAUCCCAAGGCACUAACCGAUACAAUUGACGUCAAUGUUGUAUAGGUAUGCAUGAUGACCUCACAAUUUCUACCAAAGCUACUUCAAAGAUAACCAAGAAGUGCUAUCAUUAAUGUUUCUAGUUUAAUUGGCUACUAAGAUGCUAAUGCUGGCUCUGGCAUUUACUGCGCUUCUAAAGCCUAUGUAAAUUUUUUCACCAGCGCAUUUACCGAAGAAGUAAAGGAAAAAAUAGAUAUAUAGCUGAUGACUCCAGGUAUGGCGCAAACUAACCUUUGUGGAGAAAUUUCCUAGUCAAAUUUAUUGGGUUUAUCUGCAGUCAGUGUUGUUUAUGGAAGUAUUAGAGAUUUAGGAUAUGAAGCUUAGACUUCUGGUCACUGGUCCCAUGAAGUUCAAUUGCCAUUUUUAAAGCUCUUGUCUUAGAUAUCGAUAUUUCAUGCAGUUACUGAUUAUUGGUUCGGAAGAAAAUAUCUUUACAAUAAUUGA